GGAAAAUCAUGCCUUGGGAAUGCAUGAGACAGGAUCUAAUUAUUGAGUGAUUCCAUGUAGCGCCGCAGACUAAUGUAGCGCACAGGAGAUCGGACAACUGUUUCUCAUCCGAGGACGUGGAUGAGCCUACAUUUAAUCUAUCUCGACAUUAGCCGGUGCUGUUCAGUGUCUCUCCACCUUAUCAUAAUCGAUUCAACCUCGUUUGAAAACGUAAAGUGUAGGCUUUUCCUCAAAUGCAAACCAACGAUUGUAGUUUAUAGAUAUGCAUUAGUUUGUAUUGCUGGAUGUAUUCGUACGCCAUGCCUUCGAUUGAGUGGACUGAACAGUGGUUUGGCUAUAGUCUGCCCAACCCUGUUAAUUGCGUGCUGAAGAGAUGAUGACGGCCUGUCCUCCGAUUUAUGUUUAUUUAUUCCUCAAGACGAACGAGAACCUCAGCAUCAGUGGAAAUGGUGGAAGUGUUCUUGAAAUGUCUGGCAGUUAAACGGAUCCAUUUAAGAUGGUGUGUGCAAAGACGGCAUGUUUCAGAGCAAUAUGUUUGCUAUCAGCAGAAAAUGGAACUACGAACAUGGGUGUAGCCUAUUUCAUAUUCAAAACGGAAACUUGUGAGAUGAAGGAUAACAAGAAAAUACAUUUCGAUGGAUCUCAGUCGCUUCUGAAAUCAGGCAAUGCUUCAAAUCCAGGAGAAUAAUGAAUGAUAUUCUAAAACGGUUAAAACCUAGAUGCUGUUCAUCGUGAGGUAGUGUAACAUAAUCGUGCAUCAUGAUAAUUUCUUGCUGGCCAAUUUUUAUCAAUCAUUGAUAGGCCUACUUCGACCGGGGAAAGCACGACCACUUGAUGUGGGGAUAUAGAAUACACGCGCCUUUGACAAUAGCUUGGUUACAUAGAUGGCAAAUUCAAGCGAGUUUGGGGAAAGCAGUCCCACGCUACAUAAUUAUGCCAUCACCGCCUCUGCGGUGAAACUGGCCUCGCUCGGUCUGGUCAUUUGCAUCAGCCUUUUCGGGAAUGCGGCGUUGUCCCUGCUAGUGCUGAAAGACAUCUCCCUUCACAAGGCUCCGUAUUAUUUUCUACUUGAUCUGUGCUUGGCAGAUGUAAUACGGUCUGCCGUGUGUUUACCGUUUGUGAUGAUAUCAAUCAACAACCGUUCCAUCUGGACGUACAGCAUUAUACGUUGCAAAAUUAUCGCGUUCCUCUCGGUCCUUUUUUGUUUUCAUGUGGCGUUUAUGCUCUUCUGCGUCAGUGUAACCAGAUACAUGGCGAUUGCACACCACAGGUUUUAUUCCAAACGAAUGACAUUGUGGACAUGUGUGGCAGUGAUUUGCAUGGUCUGGACCCUCUCUGUCGCUAUGGCUUUCCCCCCUGUAUUUGACGUUGGCACCUACAAAUUCAUCCAUGAAGAGGAACAAUGCAUUUUUGAGCACCGAUAUGUGAAAGCAAAUGACACCCUGGGUUUCAUGUUGAUGCUGGCUGUCAUCGUGGGAACAACUCACGUUGUUUACAUCAAAAUGUUGUGUUUCGUGUACGACCAUCGGAAGAUGAAACCCGCUCAGCUUGUCCCAGCAAUAAGCCAAAACUGGACCUUUCACGGGCCAGGUGCAACUGGGCAGGCAGCCGCCAAUUGGAUAGCAGGAUUUGGACGUGGUCCCACCCCACCAACAUUGGUGGGAAUCAGACAAACUUCGCAUAAUGGAAACAGAAGGCUGCUUGUCUUGGAUGAAUUUAAAAUGGAGAAACGCAUAGGGAAAAUGUAUUACAUGAUAACCCUGGCGUUUCUUAUCCUCUGGGCCCCGUACAUUGUUACUUGCUACAUUCGAGUGUUUGUUAAAGGAGGCACAAUUCCACAGGUCUACCUGACGGCAGCCGUGUGGAUGACGUUCGUUCAGGCGGGGGCGAAUCCCAUUAUUUGUUUCAUAUUCAACAAGGAGCUGAGAUCGCGCCUCAGAGCCAGUUUCCCAUGUUGUCUCAGCACACAGACGCCUAUGUCUAUGGAGCCAUACUGUGUCAUCUGAUAGGUUCUACUGUUGUUUUAGACAAGGGAAAAAGAACAGAACUGUCAUGUUGGUUUUGAAGCCUUGGGUGAUAUUACUCUGUUGCUAUGCUUGUCCAAUUUUCCCACACAGGCUGGCCAUAUUUUGUGAUUUGCACUUACAGAAAGUGCAAAAUGUUGCCAAUCUGUAUUUCGAAUAGGCCUACUAAUAAUGUUGCAUAUUUGAAGAAUCUCAUUGGGAUAUUAUUUGAGUACUGUAGGCCUAUGGCAAUUCAGUUACAAGAGCAUAAGACAAUUCUGUACAUUCUCUAAAGCUGUUUAUUUCUUUAUUCUGAACUUUUUAAAAUCAAAUAUGUUGUAGCUUUCAUAAAAUCUUCAUAUAAUUAUUUGUGUGGAGAAGGUGACAAAAACACACUUUUACAGUCUUUUGCAAAUACAUUUUCUUCCUGGAUUUUAAUAACAUGUGUUGAUAAAAAUGUAUACCUUGCACAUUCCCUGUAAAAAAAAGACAAAUGUAAUGUUUUUUUCUAUGGACAAGGACAAUGGAACUCUAAAAGAAGCAAAGCAUCAGUGCUGCAGAGAGAUGUUUGCAAUGUUUAUACUUCUGAGUAAAUAAACAACAGAUUAAUGAUUAGUAUUGAUUUGAUUCUGUUAUACAGGUAACUGAACAAUAUCCGUUAUGUGUUUCAAUACAAUAACAAUAUAGACACAUCCUAUUCUCUACCACUCAUCCUCAAACGCUAACUGAACAAUUGACCAUAUUUUGUUGUAUCAUUACCUCCUCUAUAGCACAACAUGUGGGGGGUUGUAUUACCCUGAAACAAUAAUAUAAUUAUACUAAAAUCGGGAUAUCUGGGCAGAUUAUGUUUUCAUUGUGAUCACCUAACUUGUUACCAUACUAUUACCAUGUUAUUACCACUUUAUUCUGCACUGUAAUGUAAAAUGCUACCAUCAUUCAUGUCCCCGAGAAUUUAGCCGGCCUUAGAAAGUUUGUGCUUCUGAAAAAGCAGUGCAGCAAGAGUCCAGUUUGCCUCUGCUUACACACUCCAUUCUUCUCAUAAGACUUUAACUAGCCAGCAUGCACCUUUCAGUAUGUAAAAAAUCCAACCGUGUAUAAUAGAGUCAUUAUUCUAAUCACUGCUCGUCUCAGUUACAGGCAUGUAAAUGAACAUUUGUCAGCUAACUGGAGUCCUUAAUCUUUGUAGCCCGGGUUGACUUCCCUAGGGGGAAGUGGGAUAGAGUGGGAACUGCUGAGCUGAUGUUUCUGGGUAGAGCAUCCCGGUGUACCUACAGUAUACCUACUGUGCACCCUCCCUCCCUGGCCUGGCCCGGCAUCACUGCAUUCAUAACCAUUACCAUCACAACAUGCCUGCUCCGCUCUACUCCCAGCAUGACUCUGUUGCUUCUGAACGACUGAAACGUUCUCACCUGUGAAUUCUCUCAUGCAGUAUCAUUUCAGAUCAGGCAUUUUUUAUACAACAGCUCUGCCCCAGGAGAACUCUCUCUGCUGCUUUGUUUUGCUUAGAAGUGCCUCUUGAACAUUUGUGCAUGUACACGGCCAUAUUGUUGACCCCACAUUUGCCUCUGUUAGUUACUCAGAGGCAGUUUUGCACACCUGAAAUAUGUUCAAAAUGCAAUAUAACAUUUCAUCCCGAGAGUAAGUUCGGAUGAAGUCUUGAGUUAUUGCAAAGAGUUUAUGGUGCCAUUGUCUGAAUAUACCUAUAUUGAAAUGGCAGGGCUCUACAACGGUGUGGCUUAUACAAGCCAAUGUCAAAAUUGUAUACUGUUCUAUUACCAUGGGAGGGACUGUUUGGCUCGUAAAACCUGAUUAUCGGCUUUGUAAUAGGCUGUGUUUGCAUUCCCCAAACUGCACCACAGCUUCAUUUAUGGCAUAGCUCAUCUCUCAGCUUACCAUCAUUGUACAGGAAACUUGGUUAUAUUUUUUGUUUUUCCAUCUAGAGAACAAUUUCUGUACAUUAUGUUAUGGUACACUACUUGGACCUAAUAAACGGAUGAUCAACUUAUUGA